CGGAAUCGAACCUGGGACCCUUCAGUCCGCAGGCCGACGCUCUAUCCACUGAGCCAAACCGGUUUCGGCCUAUUUUGUGCUUUAAUUGUUGGUUUAGUUGGUUUGUGUGCCAUGCGGAGGGGAAGAAGAGCAGGUGAAAGAGUGCUCCCAGGGCCUGGAAACCCGAGGUCCAUCCUUCCCAGGGAGCCUCCUUUGAGGAGGCUGCUCCCUCCAGUGUGGGCAGGAGAGACUCAGAAGACCAGAGGCAAGACGAGUCUGGCCCUAGCCAGUUUGGCUCAGUGGCUAGAGCCUUGGCCUGCAGACAAAAGGGUCCCGGGUUCAAUUCCGGUCAAGAGCACGUGAAGGAAAAAAAAAAAAAAAGAUGAGUCUGACUCAAGCAGGCUGAGUAGAUAAGAGAUUAUCACAUGCAGGAGGAAGUUUUAAAAAAAAAAAAAGUUUUUUUAAAGUAGUAGUCAGGGUUCUAAGGUUUUGUUCUAGCUGCCCUUCCCCUGUAUCAUCUUCCAAAUUCCCAGUUCACUCACAGUCCCUCUUCUCGCCAGUGGCUCAGGACAGGCCAGGGAGUGAGCCUCUCUUGCAAUAGUCCCAGCCACCAACCAGAGCAGAGCCAUGGACCUCUUUCCCAUGAGGAGUCCUCGUUCUUACUAAGUCCUGACCCAAAGCAGAAAUGGACAGAGACCCAGAUUCCAGCUCUAGAACCAGCUGCCUCUGAGCCAUCUCAGCUUCCUGCCAGAUCAGCUCCAUCAAAACCAUCUGGUAGCUUUUAUGACGACAACCUUUCCACCCUCCGCCCACGAUUCAGCAUCAGGUGCCAGAGGUCCGCAUUUGGGCCUAAAAAGCACCCUCCAGUUCUCCUAGACCUGCAAACACCGCUAUGAACCUGGGGGCCGAUGAAACACGACAGGCCUCCGAAACCCAGAGUGAGCGGUCACCCACCUGCCACCUGGCCCCUCCGUCAUCCCUCUCCCCCAGACCACGGAGCACCUGCCAGCCCAGCGAGCAGCGGUGGGGGCGGGGCGUGUUCUCUGCCAUCGGCUGAGAGCUGAGCACUUUUCCGGUGCCCAUGCUUCGUGAGCAUGUUGGUGGUGUCGCUUCCUGUCUCUGACUCUCUGUUUCCAUUCUGGCCAAGUGUUUGCUCUCUCCUCUCUGCUCUGGGGGUUGGGGAGAUGCGCCUCUCACAGAGCCUCUCUCGGCCUCCUGGCAGCUUCCACCUCGGUGCCCCUCGCACUCCCACCAGCGGGCAGAGACUGUGCUGCCCCUCAGGGAGUCCCACGCCCAGAUGAGCUCUGCUCUCCUGCAGUGGGCAAGCCACUCAGGAAAAGUGGCACAUAUGCAGGCAGCUGGCUUUGAUUGAGAGAAGGCUUAGAAGGAGAAGCCGAAGCCAGAGGGGCUCCUGGGGACCAUGGAUGCCAUCACCCCGACCCGUUCAGAACUCGGAGGGGGGACUUCGGAGCCCAGCACUCUGCAGGGAACCCCCAGCAGGCUGGGCAGAGAUCAGGACUGGAGCAGCAGCAUCUUUGCUGGGUUGGCGGGACUCCUUGCCAUCCUCCUGGUCAUCGCGGUGCUCUGCGUCCUGUGGAACUGGACCACACGGAAGAAGCGGCGAGUUCCUUACCUGCGGGUUACCACGGCGCCCUUGCGGACUCUGCCUCCGUCCAGACAACGAGCCAAAAAUAUUUAUGACUUCGUGCCCCGAAGGCAAGGAGUUCUAGGGAGACACCAGUCGAGGAGUUUCCGUGUAUUCAGUAUCGAGAGCCUCCUCUCCAGAAACUCUGACAGCCCUCCCUCCGCACACGUGACCUCCCAAGCCAGCCGUGCCCUCCAGGUGCACAGAGCCCAGGCUCACUCCGUGGGCAUCUACGACAACGCCACGGGACCCUGGGUGUAUGAGAACCUCACCCCCUCGGCGCACUCCGUCCACGUCAGAGCAGCUGGAGGCGACCUGAGCGUCUCUUCAGAGGACUCCAGAGACUACGUCAACGUUCCCACAGCAGCAGAGAUUGCUGAGCUGCUGGCUGCUCCUAGCCACCCCCCUGGGAACCUCUUUGCCCGCCCAAGUGCUCGGGAGCUGGAAUCCACUGAGGAAAGGGACAAGGGCUGGGACCAUGCCAGUGACUACGCCCGAUUUUUGCCUCCAGGAACUGAGGGCAACGAUCCACUCAGCGAUGAGGAAAGCUCUUCUCAGACCUCAAAUGACUACGUCAACACGGCAGAGUUGGACCUGGGGGCCGCCCAGGGGAAGCAGCCCUGGAUGUCCUUUCAGUGCUGCCCAGAUUAUGAAAAUGUCCCACCAGCAGGUCCCAAUGGAAGCCAGCAGCUGGCGGAAGGAGUGACAUCCUCACACACAAACCCUGUAGAGGGAAGGACAGAGGGUACGGAGACUCAUGGCCCCCUGGUCAUGCCAUCAGGGAGGUUCCUGGUUUCAGGGGAUUUUGGGGCCUAUCAGCCAUCCGCACAGAGUGAGAGCCGUCAGAUGAAACGUGGAGGAGAGGGGUCAAACCAGGGCUCCGGGGAGGAUGACAUUGUGCUGGCUGCCGCGUUAGGAGGCGACGCUGAGCAGGAAGAAGACACACGGCCCUUCCUGUGGAAUUAAGGGCUUCCCACCCAGCUGGAAAGCCACGGGUACUAGUCUCUCCUGCCACAGCCAAGUGAAGACCCUCGACCAUCCUUUUUUCAGUGGAUUUAUCUGGUUAGACUACAAAGAGGCUGAGAUGAGUAGGGAGCUAAGAGGGUUUACUAAAGCAGAGGUUUGGGAAAGCCAGAAAGAAAUUCUUUUCAAACAGGCCGUGAUCUCUCAUACCAACCUAAGGAUGUUUCCUAAACUGCCUUUUAGGACUAUUAAGAGAUUUUUUUUUAAAAAAAAAUGAGAGAGUACUUUAGUGCACAGUGGAAAUAUAAAGUAGUCUAAAAUCAUUACCUUCAUGCCCUAGCUCAGUGGUCGGCAAACUCAUUAGUCAACAGAGCCAAAUAUCAACAGUACUUCAAAAUAGACUCGCCCAGGCCGAAAACCAGCUUCUGCGCAUGGGCCACGAAGUUUCAGUCGCAUUGU